GGCGGCGGCAGCUUCAUGGCGACGUUCUUCGGGCAGGUCGACGACGUCAAGGAGGGCAUCAACGGCAUCAAGGCCGCGACGAAGCGCAUCCACGCCAUCACCGACGAGCGCAUGCUCGCCGUGUCCAACGCGACGGAGGAGCAGCUGAGCCGCGAGCUCACGCCGCUCGUCGACAAGACGAACCGGCGCGUCAAGGCGACGAAGGAGCUGCUGCAGCGCAUGUCCGACGAGACGGCGUCGGCCAAGGGCACCGUGAAGCAGAGCGAGUUCCGCAUCCGCGAGAACCUGGCGAACACGCUCAUGCGCAAGUUCGGCGACGUCUGCAAGGACUACCAGCGCGAGCAGCAGCGCUACAAGAGCGAGAUCCAGAAGACGGUGAAGCGGCAGCUCGAGAUCGUCAAGCCCGACGUGACGCCCGACGAGAUCGACACGGUGCUCCGCAACGGCGGCACGUCCGAGGUCUUCCGGUCCGCGAUCCUCAAGGGCGCGGCGGACCCCAUCAAGAGCGCCUACGCGGACGUCGCGGACAAGUACCAGGACGUGCUCAAGCUCGAGCAGUCCGUCGCCGAGCUCCACCAGAUGUUCCUCGACUUUGCUUUGCUCACGGAGCAGCAGGGCGAGCUCCUGGACCAGAUCGAGUACCAGGUCAAGUCCGCGGGCGAGUACAUCGAGGACGGCAACACGGACAUCCAGUACGCGAUCCAGUACCAGAAGGAGAUCCGCAAGCGCUACUGCUGCCUCAUCGUCAUCAUCCUCGUCAUC